AUUAGAUUCCUGUUUUUCUUUCAACAUUUACCUAGUUAUUUUUUUCAAUUUAAAUUAAAAGUUUGAUUUGUUUUGAGAGACGAUAGGGGAAAAAUCAUUGAGUAAAAGAAGAAACAAAAUUACGAAAUGUAUUGAUAUACUAUUUAUAUGAUACACUUACUAAUUUUCAUCAAAGUGAAACGUACGAACAACAGAAAUAAAAGCGGGAUACUUUGAUUUCAAAGUUACUGAAGAAGAAUAUAGAUUUUUUUUAAUGAAAAUGUUAACUUUUUUGGCCAAAAAUUGGAAUGAUAUUGUUUAUUUGUCUUUGUUGUUGUUUAGUGUUGCCAUAGGGCCAUAUUACAAGUCAAUAGGGACAGUUCAUUUGAAAAAAUGUAUCGGGACAUGUAUUGGAAUUCUGCUUAUUUUGAUUGUUUCGGGUUACAAUGCAAUACACCCGAUUAUAUCAGCAAUAGUCGGAAUUUUAAUUAUUAAACUGAUACCAGUAAGGUACAGCCAUGUAGUCACAUUUUUCUUCAUGUUCGGCUACUUGUUCUUCUUCCGGUUGUCUGACAAAUUCGGCCUCCCACCACCAUCAGGACAGACCAACCUUAUAGAGAUGAUAAUAGUACUCCGGGUGGUUGGAGUUGCAUUUGAAAUGAAUGGUUCCUGGCUGGCAAUGGGUAAAAAGAAGAAAAAUGAACAUGCAGAUUUGAUUUCAAAAGAUGGAAAAGAAAAAGAUGAUGAAUUCUUGGAGAUUAUCAAUCCAAAUCUUGUAGAUUUGGUUCACUACACUUUCAAUUAUGUUGGUUUGCUCACAGGUCCAUAUUACAGGUACAGGACAUUUAACGAUUAUUUCAAUUUGCUAUUUAGCAAAUAUGUAAACUGUAUGGAAUUCACCAUAAACACUUUGAAAGCAGUCCCACUAUAUAUUUCUUUGUACUUAGCCCUUUCAAAUCUGUGGCCUUUAGAGUACAUUUUGAGUGAAGAUCACAACAACAGGAGUUUUUUGUACCGAAUGAUGUACCCUUGGGCUCUAUUUGCAGCAUUCAGGCAGCGUAUUUAUUCUGGAAUGACAUUGGCGGAGAGUGUGUGUACCUCAGCUGGACUGGGAGCUUAUCCUGUAGAGGGAAAGAAUAGGACUGGACAUGGCCCAACAGUGGGUUAUAUGAAGUUGAAAGAAAUGUCUGAAGAACAAGCAAAGACUGCAGAAUAUGAUUUCAACACAAUUGAGUCCAUGGAGGUUUGGGGCUGCGAGACUGUAGUGACUUUACGAGAUUCUAUGAAGGUGUGGAAUAAAGCUGUGCAGUACUGGGUUGCCAUGGUCGUCUAUAAACGGUUUCCCGUUAAACCACUAAAGGUUCACGCAGCGUUAUUCGUGUCUGUAAUUUGGCAUGGGUUCCACGCGGGAUAUUUCUUCUGCAUUUAUUUCUGUCCGUUUUAUUUGAUGGCUGAAGACAUCUACUACAAACUUUAUUACAAGAACGCCACUGGAAUGAAAAAGAAGAUAAUUGGUUUUAUUAUGUGGUUCCUAAGAAGUCAUUCGGAAUCGUAUCAAGCGGCUGCAUUUUUAUUACUUACAUUCGAUCGUAUUUGGAUAUAUUACUCGUCUGUCUACCACUAUUGGUAUGGAGUGUGGCUUGCAUUUCUGAUAGUUGGUUUGGCACUUAAUGCGGUACACAAAAUGGCGCGUCCGACAGUGAAGAAGGGGAAAGAAGCUAUGGAAAGUAGAACCAAUUAAAAGUUAGUAGUGAUCUGAUUAUUAUUGCUCAAUUUUAAGCCAGGUACCGACUGACGUAUCUUUACGGGGUAGACAGCGCCAACAGGAAAGUCAAAUUAUAUUCUCGUAUAUGAUUCUUUUUAUUGAUUUAUUAAUCAGAGUAUUGUGGUACAGUGGCAAGUUUCUUUAUUUCGAACUAUUCAUGUUAUUCUUUUUUUGUUUGUUUUUUUUUUGUUACGUGUAUAUAUAAUUUUUUGACUUCACCAAAAUAUUUAAUGUUAAAUGAGAUUUGUAAAAUCUUCGCGUUAUUAUUUGGCUAUGCGCCUACAUACACACGUAAGAAUAAGGUAGUUUUGGACAUUCCAGGACACUAAAACCCGCCGAGUCUCAGGUGUUGGGCAUAAGUAGGUAUAGUGUUGAUAUCUCGAAAUCCCAUUUCGAGUAACAAUAAUCGUAAAUGUAUUGGUAAAAAGGUGGUGUAAAUUAUUUUCAUAUAUUAAUAGAGGGUUCAGUUGGUUAUUAAAUAUUAAAACGACAAUAGAAUUGUGUAACAAUUUAUAAUGAUUUUACAAUUUUUUAUAAAUCGGUUGUUUACAUAAUAUUUCAACAUUGAUGCUAUUUUCGUAAUCUAAAUAUCUGUGAAAUAAAUUUUGAUUUACUUCUCAUACGUUUCAUGUCCCCACUUCUAAAACUUGGGUAAUAUUUAUAAUAUAUAUGAAAUUAAAUUUGUAAUUUUAAUUUUCAUACAUUUCAUGUACCUACCCACUUCUGAAACUUGGGGUAAAAAUAAAUUAUGAAGCGUAUGGGAAUAAUCCUGUAUAAUAAACGGGUCUAGUCUUAUAUUUUGGGACGAACUGAAUAAAGUUCUAUUUUAAAGACAU